AUGGAUCACGACGGCGAGACCCCGUCUGUCGAGGUGCGCCGCGCCCAGCAGGUCGACAAUGCCAUCCGCGCCAUCCAGGAGAAGAAGCCGGUCCCGGAGAUCGACUUUACCCUCCACACCAUGGAGGACGGGACCCAGGUGAGCACGCUCGAGCGCGUGUGCAAAGACGUCCAAGCCCCCGCCAUGCACAAGCCUACCGACGAGCAGUUCUACCACGACGACACCCGGAGCAAGCCCGACAUCAACUUCCUUAAGCAGCAUUUCUACCGCGAGGGUCGCCUGACCGAGGAGCAGGCCCUCUUCAUCCUGAGGAAGGGCACCGAGCUGCUUCGUGCCGAGCCCAACCUCCUCGAGAUGGACGCCCCCAUCACCGUAUGCGGCGACGUCCACGGCCAGUACUACGAUCUGAUGAAGCUCUUCGAGGUCGGCGGCGACCCCGCCGAGACGCGCUACCUCUUCCUCGGCGACUACGUCGACCGCGGCUACUUUAGCAUCGAAUGCGUCCUGUAUCUCUGGUCGCUCAAGAUCCACUACCCCAAGACGCUGUGGCUGCUGCGGGGCAACCACGAGUGUCGCCAUCUGACGGAUUACUUCACCUUCAAGCUCGAAUGCAAGCACAAGUACUCCGAGGCCGUCUACGAUGCCUGCAUGGAAUCGUUCUGCAGCCUGCCCCUGGCGGCUGUCAUGAACAAGCAGUUCCUCUGCAUCCACGGUGGCUUGAGCCCUGAGCUGCACACCCUGGACGACUUGCGAAACAUUGACCGUUUCAGAGAGCCUCCCACCCAGGGUCUCAUGUGCGACAUCCUCUGGGCCGACCCUCUCGAGGACUUUGGCCAGGAAAAGACGAGCGAUUACUUCCUGCACAACCACGUGCGAGGUUGCUCGUAUUUCUUCUCGUACCCGGCCGCGUGUGCCUUCCUGGAGAAGAACAACUUGCUGUCCGUCAUUCGCGCGCACGAGGCUCAGGACGCCGGGUACCGCAUGUACCGAAAGACGCGUACAACGGGCUUCCCAAGUGUUAUGACCAUCUUUUCCGCGCCAAACUAUCUUGACGUCUACAACAACAAGGCGGCCGUCCUCAAGUACGAGAACAACGUCAUGAACAUUCGCCAGUUUAACUGCACGCCGCACCCCUACUGGCUGCCCAACUUUAUGGACGUCUUCACCUGGUCGCUGCCUUUCGUUGGCGAGAAGAUUACCGACAUGCUGAUCGCGAUCCUGAGCACGUGCUCUGAGGAGGAGCUCAAGGAGGAGACGCCGUCGUCGACGUCGCCGCACUCACCGACGACAUCGACGGCCAGCGAGGACCCCAACUCGAUCGAGUUCAAGCGGAGGGCGAUCAAGAACAAGAUCCUCGCCAUUGGGCGGAUGUCCCGUGUGUUCCAGGUCCUGCGAGAAGAGUCAGAAAAGGUUACGGAGCUCAAGACUGUCUCUGGCGGAAGGCUGCCUGCCGGCACGCUGAUGCUGGGCGCCGAGGGCAUCAAGAACGCCAUCAGCUCAUUUGAGGACGCGCGCAAGGUCGACCUGCAGAACGAGCGCCUGCCCCCGAGCCACGAAGAGGUGGUGAAGCACCAGGAGGAGGAGCGGGCGACGGCCCUGCAGAAGGCGGCCCAGGACGCCGAGAACGACAAGAAGGUCCAGCAGCUCGCGCGGAGGCUGAGCACGGAUCGCAAACACCGAUAG